CAUUGUCAACUGCCUGCUUCCGGGUAUAACUGUCACGGUUUCCUGUUACUUAGUUUUACCACCGUUAUUAUUAUUAUUACUGUUAGUUUACAGUGAACCUCUAAGACACACAGCAGCUGUGUGUGUGUGUGUGUGUGUGUGUGUGUGUGUGUGUGUUCAGUUGUACUUUACCAGCUUCAUGCCUUCGUUACCCGAAGCCCAACCUGGUGAGUCCAGGCGUAGCGCGCGGUUGGUGACGAGCAGAUACCACCCACACGACGAUGACACGGCGAGCACCAGCUCUACAGGAUCUCAAGGACAAAUCUCUUACAGAGAGAGUACCGUGAGGGUCUUCAAAAGGAAACUAGCAGGCCGAAAAGGGGGCGGAGCUUCUCCCGGGGCCCACAGAGACGGCGAAGUGAGCAGAUCCCACACCCCGAGUAAGAGCGGGCUCCUCCUGGUGCCACCAGUGAGAAAGAGUUCAGCUUUUCGGGCUCCGGGCAACAUCAUGACCCCUUUGAUCCAGUCAGCUCCAAGCUCUUUGACUCUGAUGGAUCCUUCAGGUUUCUCCUCGGGAUACUCCUCAUCAGAGGAAGGACAGGGGCGGAGUCCCAGCAUGCACAACACAACCCCAGCCUCUGCUCAGCCUCCAUCAGAAGGAGCUCCGGGACCCUGUGACGCACUGACUGCCUCAGCCCGUGCCUUCGCGCUGGUGUACUUCUGGCUGGGCACAGCGUGGUACAGUAUAACAUCUGGAAUGUCUCUGCUGGAUGUUUCUCUGCUCAGCAGGUGCACUGCAGGUAUGAGGAAGAACCUUCUCCUCCUGCUGCUCCUCGUCCUGCUGCUUUUCGGUGUGUGGUAUUGGUAUCCAUGUAUUCUGGCGCUAUUUCCCGGGUCAGUUCGAUCUCCUCCGGUUAAGCCUCAGCACACAACACACACACAGGUUCAACCUCGUACGCAAUCUCAGGAGAGCGAGGUCUACGCAAGUCUUGCAGCUCUAAAAGACGAACUCUACACCGACCUGCUGGAACGAGAGACCAAGCGGUUUGAGGGCAGAGACCACCAUUUGGAAAACGUCCUGAACGAGAUCAAGUUACUAAAACAGGAUGGAGAAAAGCAGAAGCGCUCAUAUGAGAUUUUGCAAAUGGAUGUGCAAGAGCUAAAAACCCGAGUGCGGAACGUCGAUUCGGAACAUCGGCACCUGAUCAAAGAGGAAACCCUGGGGAUGGAGAAUCAGAUAUCCGAUCUAAAACUGGACCUGUCCAACCUUCAGUCGGCCUCCGAACGCCUGGGUCGCAGACUGGACGCUCAAGAAUCUCAGAAUGCGAAGUUAAAGGCCGAGCUCUCUGAUUGGCUGCUGCAGCAGCUGUCCGGUUCGGUUAGCACAGAGCGUGAUGUAGUGAUGAGGCCUGAGCUGCAGAGGGCGCUGGAGGACUUGGAAAAGAAAGUACUGGACCGGUUGGGACAGGAGAGGGAGAACACGGAGAGGAGUGAUGUGUGGAGGACAGUGGGAGAGACGCUGAAGGAGGAAGGAGUGGGAGCAGUCAGCAUAAUGGAUGUGGAACGCAUCGUGCAGAGGGCGCUGAGCCUCCACAGGGCCGACGGGAUCGGAAUGGCAGAUUACGCGCUGGAGUCUUCGGGUGCCAGUGUGGUGAACACUCGCUGCUCGGAGACGUAUCACACCAGGUCAGCGUGCAUCAGCCUGUUCGGAUUUCCUCUGUGGUAUCCCUCAGAGAGUCCUCGCACUGUCAUACAGCCCGAGCUCUACCCCGGGAAGUGCUGGCCGUUUCGUGGUUCCGAAGGCUUCCUCGUCAUCGCCCUGUCUCACCCUGUACAAAUCACUCACGUCUCCCUGGAGCACCUGCCCCGGGUUCUCUCCCCCACCGGGCACAUCGACAGCGCACCCAAAGACUUCGCCGUUUACGGGAUGACCAACGAGGAGAACGUGGACGGGACGCUUCUCGGAACGUUCGUUUAUGACCAGGAUGCAGAAUCCAUCCAGACCUUUGCAGUGCAGAACUUUCAGAGUGAUGCGUUCGAGCUGGUGGAGCUGAGGAUUCUCAGUAACUGGGGUCACCCUGAGUACACCUGUGUGUAUCGCUUUCGGGUCCACGGCCAACCUGCAUCCGCCUAAUGACAGGAAUGGACACGGAAGGAAGGAAGGAUAGAGCUUGACCUAUCUAUGCAAAAAAAAAAAAAAAAGGGUGCAGUGUGAUGGAGAGAUAUCAAGACUUUCCAAGAUAUUCUUCCAUAACACAACACACAAACACACACCUGCCAAGUAUAAAUACAGGGUUUCAGUUCUGUAGGUGUUAACAAUCAUAUAAAUAGGUUUGGAAAAACUCGUAAAAAAAAUAAUUUAUUAGACCUUUUGCACUAUUUGCUAGCUAACUCCGAAGGAAUGUACUGUUUUAUUUAUUUAAAUUCAAACACCUACUGAUUAGCACUAAGUCACUAGCACAAAGCUAAUCGGAGGAUUUGUUAUCAACAGUAUUAGCAUUUUCGAAUUCUCUUGCUAAAAAAUACGGCUGGCUCUUAAAAAAAAUUUAUAGUUCAAGUUUGUAUAUAUUUGUGUUAUAAAUGAGCUGCCUGUUUAAACAAUUUCUAGGGAGAAAAUUUACAGCACGUUUAAGUACAAAUUGAAUGUGAUUAACAUUUUAGCGAGAGAAUAUAUUUUUCUCUUAGAAGUACAGUAAGGAAAAAAACGAAUUCAUCACAGAAAAUAAUCAGCGACCUUGUGUGGAGUUACGUAAAUUUAUUUAACAAAAACAUAUCUUGCUUUUUUCUUUUUACAUUUAUAUUCACAUCCAACAUAAUGGAACAUUAUUUAAUUUCACUUAUCAUGAGUUUCAACCCACAUAAAUCAGCAUCCAUUUGAUUGUCCCUACAUUUCAUUUCCAAUGAGAACCUACAAUUUCUUCCCCCGUUCACUCCAUAGUGCAGUACGCGGAGCAUAGCCAUUUUGUAUUGUCUCAGUUCUCAUUGGACGAAUUAUGAUCCCAGGUUUUGUGCUUAAUAGAAUUAUUUCUUGUAACUCAUUGCUUAUACACAACACAUAGUGACUACUCCAACUUAAAAUAUUAAGGCUUUUUUUCUUUUUUGCUGUGUUGACAUUUCAUGUUACAAAUUUCGAAUGAUGCACAGCUUCAGGCUCAACUUAACAAAAUACAUUGAAAAAACAAGGUCACCAGCUAGAAUUUGUUAAGUAAUAAGUUCAAAUAAUUUCAGCAAUUAAGCGAUAAUUUAUAAUAGUGUGUAGAAUUCAUGCACAUACAGUUUACAGGGUAGAUUUCAUGUUGUAUAUUGUUACACAAGUUUUGAUUUGCUGGUACGUUUUAAUGUUUUUAGUUUGCUUCUCAAGCUACGUUCUUCUAGUCAGAAGAGAUGCUAAGCUUACUGAGUAGUUCCUUUAACUAGGUUGUGUGUCUGAUUUCAUACAUAAUAUUAUUAUAUAUAAUUAGCAAUACUUUGAUCAAAAACGUAUUAUAGCUUAUAUACGAGGUAAAAUUUGUAAUAUUUUAUUGUCUAAUACGAGCAUAUCUUUGCGUUUUCACGCAAAGUGUUGUUUCCGACUUAUUUUUAUGUAGAGGCAGGACUUUCCGUAUAAUGUAAUAUCUUUAGAGAGUUUUGAAGCACGUGGAUUUGACCUCAUCACUGUUGUUCUUGAUCGAAUGAAUUUCUGCUGAAUCAGCUGACUUGAGAUCUGACUCACGCUGUUCUGUAAGUGGGCGUGGCUAGGAGUAGUACACUUGGUUGUAUUGUAAUGAUGCGGUUUUAUUCAUUCGUUCAUCUGGACUCUCCUGCUGGGUCGGGGAAACAUUUAAAUGCUUAUUAUUAUAAGCAUUUAUAUCCAAAGUUCCCUUACAAAAAUGUAAGAUGCUGUGUGGAAAUAGAAUUCUAUACAUUUCGGCUUUUAGCUUUUUUUUUUCUUUCACAAUGACGAAUUCAUUUCAUUAGACUAAGUGAAGGAUCAGCAAAUGAUUGUGUAGUUGAAGGUAAUAUCAACCUUUUUAUUUAAACAAGAGUUUUAAGGUUUUUAAUUGUCAUCUUAA